CCGCGCGGCGCCGGCCGGGCCGGAAGGGGUGGAGCCGGGCCUGGAGGAUCCGCGAGUGUCCCUGCCGCCGGUCGCUGCCUGUGUUUGCGGGUCGCAGAGAGCGGAACCUGGCGGGCGGGGUGUGUCUGUCGCGAUGCCGGAGCUGGCGGUGCAGAAGGUGGUGGUCCACCCCCUGGUGCUGCUCAGUGUGGUGGAUCAUUUUAACCGAAUAGGCAAGGUUGGAAACCAGAAGCGUGUUGUUGGUGUGCUUUUGGGGUCAUGGCAAAAGAAAGUACUGGAUGUAUCCAACAGUUUUGCAGUUCCUUUUGAUGAAGAUGACAAAGAUGAUUCCGUUUGGUUUUUAGACCAUGAUUAUUUGGAAAACAUGUAUGGAAUGUUUAAGAAGGUCAAUGCCAGAGAAAGAAUAGUUGGAUGGUACCACACUGGCCCUAAACUACACAAGAAUGACAUCGCCAUCAAUGAACUCAUGAAAAGAUACUGCCCUAACUCAGUAUUAGUCAUCAUUGAUGUGAAACCAAAGGACCUGGGACUGCCCACAGAAGCAUAUAUUUCAGUGGAAGAAGUUCAUGAUGAUGGAACUCCAACCUCAAAAACAUUUGAGCAUGUGACCAGUGAAAUUGGAGCCGAGGAAGCUGAAGAAGUUGGGGUCGAACACUUGUUACGAGACAUCAAAGACACUACUGUGGGCACUCUUUCCCAGCGGAUCACAAACCAGGUGCAUGGUUUGAAGGGACUGAACUCUAAACUUCUGGACAUCAAAGGCUACCUGGAGAAAGUGGCUACAGGCAAGCUUCCCAUCAACCACCAGAUCAUCUACCAGCUGCAGGACGUCUUCAACCUGCUGCCCGACGUUAGCCUGCAGGAGUUUGUCAAGGCCUUUUACCUAAAGACCAACGACCAGAUGGUCGUGGUGUAUUUGGCCUCCCUGAUCCGUUCAGUAGUUGCCCUGCACAACCUCAUCAACAACAAGAUUGCCAACCGGGAUGCAGAAAAGAAAGAAGGGCAGGAAAAAGAAGAGAGCAAAAAGGAUAGAAAAGAUGACAAAGAGAAAGAUAAGGAAAAGAGUGAUACAAAGAAAGAAGAGAAAAAGGAGAAAAAAUAAAACCUGUAGCUUUUUUUUUUUUAAAUUUGUAAAUUAAAAUCUUAUAAACUAACCCGUGUGCCGCCAGAGAGUUCUUUUCGUGUAAGUGCUUGUUAAAAGCGGUAAAAGAGCUCUCUGCCCCAGGUCACUCUUGCUGUGGCAUUACAUGGAAGUGAAUGGAUAGAGGGACUGAUCUCGUACCUAAACUACAGCAUAGGAUGCUAUGAAUUGGGAUCACGACAGCUCAGGAUUCAGAUUGUGUGACAAAAGUAAACCACAUUUUUGGUACUCUUCAUUCUUUUAUCUGUAAAACCAGGGAUUGAAUUUUCCCCAUCAAAGACUCUUGGGGUCAGUUUCUGGCAGUUUGCAAAAUUGCUUAGUGGAAUGCAUGAAUUCCAAAAGUGCUCUGCCUCGAACACCUCUGAGUUCUGACCCUUCUGAACUCCGUUGAGAAUAUCACACCCUGGGACACUUGGACCUUGAGCUCUGGCAUUCUCAGGGCUUGGGAUCCAUGUAUUGUUUACCUUAAAAACAAUUAAAUGGCUUGGUUUUUAA